AUGCAGGCCAGGGGGCUCCCCUCACGCUCUGCCCUGCUCAGAGCAUGCCAGGGCUUCCUGAGCACUGCCCAGCAGCAGCAGCAGCAGCCUGCAACAGGAGCUCCCCGCAGCAGCCCUCGGCCCUAUCCCGAGAUUCCCUCCCCGGGGGACAACGGCUGGUUCAAUCUGUAUCACUUCUGGAGGGAGAAUGGCCCACACAGAAUCCAUUACCACCAUGUACAGAACUUCCAGAAGUAUGGCCCAAUUUAUAGGGAGAAGUUGGGCAACGUGGAGUCUGUGUUCAUCAUUGACCCUGAAGAUGUGGCCCUGCUGUUUAAGUCCGAAGGUUCCAGACCGGAGCGGUAUCUCAUCCCGCCCUGGGUCGCCUACCAUGAGUACUACCAGAGGCCCCUGGGAGUCCUGUUUAAGAAGUCCGAGGCCUGGAAGAAAGACCGAAUGGCCCUGAACCAAGAGGUCAUGGCCCCACAGGCUAUCAAAAACUUUGUGCCCCUCCUGGAGGCCGUGUCCCAGGACUUCGUCCGGGUCUUGCACAAGCGCAUUCAACGGGAGGAUUCCGGGGCCUUCUCCGGAGAUAUCAGCCACGACCUGUUCCGCUUUGCUUUCGAGUCCAUCACCAAUGUCAUGUUCGGGGAGCGCCUGGGGAUGCUGGAAGAGACCGUGGACCCUGAGGCCCAGCGCUUCAUCGAUGCGGUCUACCAGAUGUUCCACACCAGCGUGCCCAUGCUCAGCCUGCCCCCCAGCCUCUUCCGCCUCUUCAGGACCAAGACCUGGAGGGAGCAUGUGGCCGCAUGGGAUGUGAUUUUCACCAAAGCUGACAAAUACACGCAGAACUUCUACUGGGACCUGCGGCAGAGGAAGGAGCUUGGGAACAGCUACCGCGGCAUCCUCUGCAACCUCGUGGGGAGCAGCAAGCUGUCCUUUGAGGACAUCAAGGCCAAUGUCACUGAGAUGCUGGCUGGAGGUGUGGACACGACGUCGAUGACCCUGCAGUGGCACCUGUACGAGAUGGGGCGCUGCCUUAGCGUGCAGGAGAUGCUGCGGGCAGAGGUCCUUGCUGCCCGGCGCCAGGCCCAGGGAAACACAGCUGCGAUGCUGCAGUUGGUGCCACUCCUCAAGGCCAGCAUCAAGGAGACGUUGAGGCUGCACCCCAUCUCUGUGACACUGCAGAGAUACCUCGUGAACGACCUGGUCCUUCGAGAUUACCUCAUACCAGCCAAGACGUUGGUGCAGGUGUCCAACUAUGCCAUGGGCCGAGAACCCAGCUUCUUUGACAACCCAGAGAAGUUUGACCCCUCCCGAUGGCUAAGCAACGACAAGACCAUUACCCACUUCCGGAACCUGGGCUUCGGCUGGGGCCUGCGCCAGUGCCUGGGCCGGCGGAUCGCGGAGACGGAGAUGAGCCUCUUCCUCAUCCACAUGCUGGAGAACUUCAAAAUUGAACUCCAACAGCUCAGUGAUGUGGGUACCAAGUUCAGCCUCAUCCUGGUGCCGGAAAAGCCCAUCUUCUUAACUUUCCGGCCUCUUAAAGAGGACACCCCUGCCGUGUGACGGGCAGGGAAAGCCCCACCUCCACCCUGCUGCUCUCUCUCUCCUUUUGCCGAGGCAAUAAAACAGCUGCAAA